AUGGCCGCUUCUUGGGUUGCUCGUAUACCCGAGAGCUCGGAGAUGCAGGAAGGGCAUGCUGCACGUGUGAGUCCUCAAUCGAAGCAAAGCAGCUGGGUGGUCGACAAGACCCUAUCGACGGCGUCGAACCUCGCGCAGCUCCUGCCGACCGCCACCGUACUGGCCUUCCAAUCCCUCUCCCCAUCCUUCACCCGCCGAGGCGAGUGCUACGCCACCAACCGGGAACUCACCUGCGUUCUCAUCGCCCUCAGCGCCGUCUCCUGCGCCUUCUUCUCGAUCACCGACAGCCUCGUCGGCGCCGACAACAAGCUCUACUACGGCGUCGCCACGAUGCGGGGCCUCUACGUCUUCAACUGCAACGAGGCGAACGAGGAGGAGCGGAGGCGGGUGUUCGGCGACCUGGACGAGUACCGGCUGCGGCCGCUGGACUGCGUGCAUGCUGUCUUCGCCGUGCUGGUGUUCCUGACGUUAGCCUUCAGCGACGCCAUGGUUCAGCACUGCUUGUUCCCGGACUCGGGAACGAACGCGAGGGAGCUCCUCGUGAAUCUGCCGCUCGGCGCAGGGGUGGUGUCGACGCUGGUGUUCAUGCUCUUCCCCACCUCCCGCAAGGGCAUCGGAUACACAAACGUGACACCCACGUCACGGUAA